ACAGAAUUUUUGAAGUUCAGGGAAGGUUGAAUUUGGCAGUCAGGGAGAGGAACCAUCAGCAGCAGUAAAACCAACAACAGCAGCAGCUCCCUGCUUCAGUGAAGAAGGCUGAUUAAAAUUUCCGGAUUAGAAGCAGAAGCUAGGUAGUGCGACCAGGAAGCUGAAUCAGUAGGUCGAGCCAGCAUAAGGACGCCUCGAGUAACUGUGUAAAAGCUAAAGUAUCGUCUUCAAGUAGCUGAUACUGGAUGAACUCGUGCGAAAGGAGUUCUUUGAAGGGAUCAAUAGAGCUCGUAAAUAGGCUGAACGGCGUGGCUUAGCGUCCUCUGCUCUCUGUGGUUCAUCAUUUGACACUGUUGACAACUUGUCCUUCCUGAAGUUCAGCUGUCGUUUACUACACUGAAGUACCCAUUUAACACCAUGGACGACCAAUCGGUCGAAGCUGGCGGAGGUACUCCACGCUCUUUACCUAGAAGAGUCCUCAGCGAAGCAGAGACUAGAGUUCGAGUUGUCGCAAAGGUCCGUCCACGUAUUCCGACGGACCAGCCACGGGAGGGAUUCCAGGAACGUAUGGUGAUCGAGCUUGAGGAGGACGGCGUGAAGCUGAAGUUCCCUGAACCCUGGCCUGGAAAGAGCUUCAACCUGGACGCGUUAUACGACGAAACCGACAAUAGUCAGACCGUGUUCGACAAGGAGAUUGAACGACGCCUCCCAGCUCUUAUUGAAGGCUACAGCUUGACCGUCAUGGUCUAUGGUGCUUCAGGCAGCGGCAAGACUUACCUAAUGCAGGGUGAUGGCGAUGACGUACCAGGACUGGUAUCUCUCUGUUCUACUUGGAUCGCUGCAGUUCAGCUUGAGAGAGAAGGUUACCGAGUAUCGUUCUCCUAUUUUGAGCUCUAUGGCAGUAAGGUUAUCGACUUACUCCAGUCCAAGGAGCUUCAGAUUUUGGAAGAUAGUGACCACCAAUUCCAGAUCCCGGGGUUACAUGAGGAGGAAUUCAGCUCGCUGGAAUCGUUCCUGGAGGAGUUCGCCGAGGCCAAGGGGAGACGUCACCUUGCAGAGACGGGAGUUAACGCCGUUUCCAGUCGCUCGCAUGCGAUCCUUCAGUUUAACGUGUGGCUCGACGACAACCCAGGCGUCGUCGGCCGCCUAAAACUCGUGGAUUUGGCAGGUCGCGAGCAGAACAAGGAUACGGGCAACGCGGGCCAGAGGAUGACAGAGAGCUGCGACAUCAACAAAUCGCUCUCAACGCUCAGCCGCGUCAUCGAGCGACUGAACGACCCCGCUGCGAAGCACGUUCCUUACCGACAAAGCAACCUCACGAAGGUUCUGCAGGACUCCCUCGGAGGCAGCAGCCGAGGCGUCAUGAUCGCUUGCCUGGCUCCGCAUGAUGACCAAUUGGCCACGGCAGUCUUGGAGGUGGCGGCUCAGUCGCGCCUUAUCAAGAAUAACGUGGCCAAAAGCAAGCCGCCUGCCACCCCGAAGCAGACCCUAGCGGACAGGCGCUCUCAGCUCGCUGCCUUCAAGGCGAAGAAGGCGGCGAGCAGAGCAAUCGUCCAGAGCAAUGCUGCUGGGCCUGCACCUUUCAGCGACAGUGGACCCUCCAGUUCUCGGAGGAGCUAUCUCCCUUACCCAGCACGAGUUCCAAGAGAGCACCAGCUUGCUGGGGAGCUGCAUCGCAUCCGCGGUCCCACUCAGUUCAAGCGCAGCCCCAUCAGGACGGCGUCUGCUGCUGGAAAGGCAUCAGCUUCGGGUGUGAGCUCUACGCCCAGUCUCAUCCCCUGGCCCCGAACGUCGCUGCUCACCCGCCGUCCUGACGAUUUCGUGAGAGGAGCUGCAGACGCGUUGGAGAGGGAUAGAGCAGGAGGAGAAACGGGUUUUGCUGCAGCAGCAGCGGUGGCAGUGGCAGAGGCAGCGUCCGCGUCCGCGUCAGCUUCAGCUUCAGCCGUUGCCGCUUCCACGAAGAGGCUGGGCAUCGCCGACAAGAUGACAGCUAGUAUGGCCGCGAAAAUGGCCUCUGCUGCUCAGGCUCGCCAGGCCCUGGCUCUACGACGCGUCAUGGCGAAGCAGUCGCCCAGGAAGAUCGCCAGGGAGAGGAGGACAAACCUGUCUGCUCAAAGAGCCGGAUCUGCCUCCCAAGCGCAACCCGCUGGGAAGGCCGCGGGGAAGCCUCAGCGCCAGGGGUCCUUGGUGCCGUCUGCUGCAGUGGAUGCUGCUGUCCAGCCUGCUGCGGAUCCCGCUGAGGUGCUUCAGCGCCAGCGGUCGUGUGCUGGAGUGGCUGCUGCUGUGUCUGCUGCAGCAGCAGCGACAGCCACGGCAGCAGCAGCAGCUACGGCCGCGGGAAGCCCACUUGCGCUUGAUGUGCAGCACGCGCAUAGCAUUCUCAUGGACUCCCUGAGGCAGCCACUGGGAGGCGGAGGGAAAGUGCCAGAGAUGGGGGGGACGCCAGGAGGGGCAGAAGCACCAGAGGAGGGAGGCUUUGGUGGUCAAUGUGACGGAAUGGGGGGUAGUAAGGAGGGGUUGAUGGAGGACGGGGAAGCAUUCUCGUUUGCAACCCCAGGGGGGAUGAGUGAUGGUGAAGGGAUGGGAGGGAGUGACGGUGAGGCGGGGGCUGAGGACGAGGGCAAGAGUGAGGGAUGUGGAAGUGGGCAAGUUGGGCAGCCGAGUGCGGACCCCUUGGUGCGGAAGCUACUGAUGGGGGUCUACGGGGACGAUGCUGCAGCUGAUGUUGCUGCUGCUGCUGCUGCUGCUGCUGCUGCUGCUGCUGCUGAUGCUGCUCCUACUGGUCCUGCUGUUCCUUCCUUUGAGAUUCCUGGAAAGUCGAGCGAGAAUGUGUUGCCGCCGAGGGAGCUAAUGGAAAGCUACAGGGACAACGCCUCUGCUGCUGCUUCGGACACGUUUGAAGUCUCCACGUGCGACGGCAGCUCCACUGGCAGCUCGGCUGGCAGCAGCGCGGCUUCACCUGAGGAGGAGAGCUCUGCGGACCAUGACAGCGCUGAGAGCAAGCUGGGGGCGGGGCAGAUGGAGGAAGACAGGGUGCUCGAGCAGGAGGAGGACCAGCAGGAGGAGGAGGAGGAGGAACAGGAGUACCAUGCUGUUGCUGGCCAUGAUGGGGAGGAGCACUGGGAGAGUGACCAGGGACUAGAGCGGGUUAUGGGGCUCUCGGGGUCAGAGAAGGAAGGCGAAGUAGGCCUUGCGGAUGCAGGCAGUAUCGAGGGUGGCGAGCAAAUGGCGGGUGGGGAGGAAGCAAGCGACUGGUAUGUAGUCGAUGUGGUAUCGGGAGAGGGGGAGGUUGAGGCUGAAGAGAAAGCACGCGAUUGGCUUGCAAGUGAGCCCAUGUUGAAUGAGAAGGCAGUGUAUGCGGAAGCUACACCGCACUCAGGGGUAGCUGCUCCGAUUCCUGAAGAUGUGUGUGGGGAGGACGUUGGUGAAGACUGUUUAGCAGAGGAGGCAGAGGCUGGCGAGGGAGCAGGCGAGAGGGCUGCUGUGGAGCCCGUGCUGGAUGAGGAGGCGACGCAUGUGGCUGGUGUGGCCGUGUGGGGUGAGAAGAGCGUGCAUGCGGAAGCUGCAAGCCACUCUGGCGUAGCAGACAACGCUGCUGAAGCAUCAGAGCUCGACCACAUUGCGAGCGUGUGGGCGAUGAUUGGGGAGGAAGAGAUGGCCGAGGGUGAUGGCUAUGGGGCUGUCCCAUGCUCUCUGGUCCCAGUGGUAGGGGAGAGCAUACCAGAGGAGUGCGAGGAGGAGGAGGGAGAGGGAGAGCUGGAGGAGAUUGCGCAGGAGCAGCGAGAGGGAGGGGAAGACCAGGGGCAGAAUGGACAAGAGGAGGUUGGCGGGCCAUUGCUGGUGCAGCCACUGACAGUGCUUCCGGAGGUGACACCCCCAAGGCAGCCCUUCGGCGCUGUGUCUGGCAACCAACUGUCACACCGGCCUUCUUAUCGCAAUGCCAUGGUGUCAUGUGAAGACCUGGAUUCCUCCCUCGAGGGUGCAAUGAAGGGCCUCAGCAUCGUGGACCCCACCACCCCUGCCUGUGCCCGGGACUUUGGCACUCAGUUCAUGGCUGCUGCAGAGGCGGAGCUCGUUCAGAAGUUCAACACUGCAACCAAGGAGGAGCUGAUGCAGAUGAAGGGCAUUGGUCAUGCCUAUGCGACAAGGAUAUGUGCCUUCCGGGAGACUCCGAAUGUGGGAGCCACGCCUUUUCGUGCAUUCACAGACCUGGCCAAGGCUGGGAUUAACCACAAAAAGGUGCACCGCAUUCGCCAAGAUAACAUACAGAAGAUUCUGCAGUUUUAGCUUGUCAACCAUGACCAAGCAUUCGUGGCCUAUCACUUGUCCGGCCACAUGCUCCUGAGUGCUUUAUCGUUUCUGUGAGGACUGGUCAAUGACGCAAUGACCACUUGCAUGUGUAGGGUACAUAUCACGUAUACUUUGUUGCUUGUAGGAAGAUGUAUGUGUCACAACGGUACCGGGUCUUGAAGUGUCGUCGUGGCAAGUUGAAAGAAUGCCAUCAACACAACACUAGAAUUAUAA